AUAAAUAAAAAAUACAGCCUCCAAAAUAAAAGAAUAUAAAGCUAAAGGUAGGAAACAGAUCACACUGCAACAAGAUUCUUCCAUCAUCUUCUUGUUCCGAAACCAAAGGAGAAAGCAUAAUCAUAUACCUUAUCUUCUUUUAUUAAAACAAAAACAAAAACAAAAAAUGCUUUCAAUUAAAGAAUCACUCAAAUCAUAGAGAGAAAAUUUCAAGGGUAAACAGAAUAUUCAUUCUUCCCAAUUUACCCUUGAAUUCUCUCUAUAUUUUUUGAAGAACAAAGCUUCGAAUUUUUCACAAUUUGCAUAAUUCACAAUGCUGUGUAAACUUGUUCCGUUGCCGCGGAAGAAAAAACCCGGUUCGGUUCCGGUUUACCUCAACGUUUAUGAUCUUACCCCAAUUAAUGGUUACGCUUAUUGGUUUGGUCUUGGUGUUUAUCAUUCUGGUGUUCAAGUUCAUGGUGUUGAAUAUGGGUUUGGUGCACAUGAUCGUGAAACGACGGGGAUUUUUGAAGUUGAGCCUAGACACUGUCCAGGAUUUACCUUUAGGAAAUCAAUUUACAUUGGAUCAACAGAACUGGGACCGAAGGAUGUUCGGGAAUUUAUGGAGAAGCUAGCUCAAGAGUAUGCUGGAAAUACAUAUCAUCUUAUACAAAAGAAUUGCAACCAUUUCUGUAAUGAUGUUUGUGUCAGAAUAACUGGAAAGUCGAUUCCACGAUGGGUUAAUAGACUUGCUCGACUCGGUUUUUUCUGCAACUGCGUUCUUCCAACCAGCCUAAAUGAAACAAAGGUUGGACAAGUUUCAUUGGACAAGAUUCAGGAAGGAGAAAGUAAGAAAAUGAGAAGUCAGUCCCGCAGGCACGAGGUUUCCUCCAAUCCUACGCUGUCUGCUAGCCAAAGACGACAUUGCGUUCGUCCAUCUUCAUCUGUAAUUAAUGCUUCUUCGACCUCAACCGUAGCAGUAAAGUAAGGCUUUGACAGGAGUCAGUCUCUGAAACAUAGGCUGUUAGAAUCAUGUAAUGUACCAAAGAUGGGCAGGAAAGCAACUUCUCAUCUGCUCCAUCUGUCUCUUCUUCUGUAUAUCUUCAAAUUAUGUCGUAAUGGCGAAAGUGGAAUGGUUGCUUUGUCUCUGUUCUUUUUAAUUGUGUGCUUUCUUCAUUAAACAAAGAAGGUUCUUUAUUUUUUAGUUUUUUGAGGUAAGCAUUUCUGAGUCUUGCCUCAUCUGUAUCAGUUCUGUAGAACAUAGUAUAAUGUAUUCAUUGUAUUUGUUGAAGUGUGAUAUAAUGCAAGGCAGGAAAUAUAAAACAGAUGGUGAAUUGAAGGCAUUGCAGAUUUAACUUGGCCAAACUAGAGUCAAAUUA